UUAUUGCCCGAAAAUGCAAGUGACCAGCCACCGAGCUCGUAUCCAUACAAAUGACACUGAUUCCUGUGUUCGAUCUGGGAAGCUACAUUUUAACGUUACAGUGGGGAAUUCGGAUAUCCAGUCAAGAAAAUCUAUUCGAGGCUCCCAGUCUAGUGCACAUUUUACCAAUUUCUAAGGUUGAUUUACUCUUGCCGAGGCUGCUACAAUGUCCAUUUUAUCCAGACUGGAAAUCCGGAGGGGGUGGGGGACUAGACUGGCUACCUAAAAGACAAGACGGCGCACGCAAGAAAGCCUGAUUGCCUUUAAACCUUUAAAUAAUCUGUCUGAGCGCGGCUUGCAUCGUGAAUUUUUAAAAACGUGAGCGCUAACUGACAGAGAGAGAGCGGGGUAAGCGACAGCCUCCACGAAUGUGCUUUUUGUGUUCCCUGGAUGUGGCGUGUGUGUAAUUCUUGCGCGCACUAAUUUAGGAUCUUCGCCUCUGAUCACAGACCCCCUCGGAGAUCAUCCAGUGAGUUGCAGUUAUCAGAUCUGCUGCUGCGUUACCUUUAACUCUUUCAACCGCUUGCCUUCGGGACUAGGGGGGAGCAUUAAGGAAGAAAAAGAAAGCCUAUUCGUUUAGUCUUUUCCGUUUUGGAUUUUUGUAUAUACCUUGCUUGGGUUUUAAUUUUUAAUGGCAGUGGACGUUCGGGUUUGCGUCUGCAAUAUUUGUUUCUUUAGAAACGGAGUUUUUUUCUGAAAGGCUGCAGUUUGUCCUGAUGGAGGAAAGCACACCAGAAUAAAGUGGUGCCAACUGCGGGAAAAAGUUCGGAAAGAAAUGCUUUGCGACGAUCUUCCUUUUCAGCUGAAUUUACCAAUGGGAUGUUUGAAUUGCUUUCCAAAAUCCAUCAAAGUGCUGCUGGGGUCUCUUUAUGCAUACAUGCCAACUCCAUAGGAGUAGGUUGCAUUUUUCUCUCUUUUUUUUUUGGACUGCCGCUUCAUGCCUAGAUAAUCUCUUCCCUUGUAUGUCUCUUCCAUUUCUGUGCAUUUGUGAGCUUGUCAUUGUUUUAUUUUUGAAACUAAAGAAGGCUAAAUCAAAGAAGAUUUCGGGCUGAUUUCUCUUUGGUUGUUGAUGGCACUACGCGCUGGGACGUCUUGGUUUGGGCAGGUCUUGCGCAGAGUAUCUCGGCUGCAGGGCACCUGGUCCCGGCGAUCAAGCAGCCUGCUGUGCCUCUCUUCCACCCAGGAACACGACCAGGAAGCCGGGAACAGGGACCACCACUGCAUUCACCACCACAUCAGUGUCCAUCGCCCUCCCCAACACGAUCUUUGCCCUGCUGGGUCCGAAAGCUGCAAAAACCUUCCCAGCUGCUGCUGCGCCUUCUUGGAAAAGCCGAGGGGACAUGAGCCCCUCACUCAGCGGUUCCUGGUGGCCAUGAAGCGGCAGAACGUGCGGACCCUGUCCCUGAUCAUCUGCACGUUCACCUAUCUCUUGGUCGGGGCAGCGGUGUUCGAUGCCCUAGAGUCGGAUUUUGAAAUGAGGGAGAACGAGAAGCUGCAGGCCGAGGAAAAACGUCUCCAAGGGAAAUAUAAUAUUAGCGAAGAGGACUACCGGCAGCUGGAGACGAUCAUUGUCGAGGCCGAGCCUCACCGAGCUGGGGUUCAGUGGAAAUUUGCGGGCUCUUUCUACUUUGCUAUCACAGUCAUUACAACUAUAGGCUAUGGGCAUGCUGCUCCAGGAACUGAUGCUGGGAAAGCCUUCUGCAUGUUCUACGCCGUGCUAGGAAUUCCUCUAACCCUAGUGAUGUUCCAAAGCCUUGGGGAACGCAUGAACACCUUUGUCAAAUAUCUCCUCAAGAGAAUUAAAAAGUGUUGUGGCAUGAGGAGCACGGAGGUUUCAAUGGAGAAUAUGGUGACGGUGGGGUUCUUCUCAUGUAUCGGCACUCUCUGUAUUGGAGCCGCAGCUUUCUCGCACUGUGAAGACUGGAGUUUCUUCCAGUCUUACUAUUAUUGCUUCAUUACAUUGACUACUAUAGGAUUUGGGGAUUUUGUGGCUCUACAGAACAACAAAGCUCUGCAAAAGAAACCCUUAUAUGUGGCCUUUAGCUUCAUGUAUAUUCUAGUGGGCUUGACGGUCAUUGGAGCCUUCCUCAAUCUUGUUGUGCUUCGUUUUCUUACCAUGAACAGUGAAGACGAGAGAAGGGAUGCUGAGGAGAGAGCAUCCUUAGCAGGAAACCGUAACAGUAUGAUUAUCCACAUCCAGGAGGACUCGCAGCAUGGCCGACAGCGCUACAAAGCAGAAGUAACGGAUCUCCAAUCUGUCUGCUCCUGCAUGUGCUACAGGUCCCAUGAGUUUACUAGCCGGGUGGUUUCCCACCAGAACUCCUUCAGUUCACAGCUGAACCCCCAGUACUUUCACUCUGUCUCAUAUAAGAUUGAGGAAAUUUCACCAAGCACCUUGAAAAACAGCCUUUUUCCUUCACCUAUUAGUUCGGUCUCCCCAGGCCUCCACAGCUUCACUGACAACCAUCGCCUCAUGAAAAGGAGGAAAUCCAUUUGAGAAUAUCACUCUUUCCUUUUUUGGACUCUCUCCAACAAGUUCCCACCUCCAUUACUUAGCAAACAUUGGUUCAGUUUUGCGUUCUGUCUCCUCAAACUAUGUUUGGGUGAUGGAAUGAUA